AUGACUGAAUAUCAACCAUGCGAUUCUGGGACUCAUCCUCAUAUGAAUGAGAAUUUAUAUGAUUCUAUAUUGCUCACCAAUAUAACUACAAAUAAUUCAAUUCAGAAAAAUAAUCGAAUUGAGAUGCAAAAAUUUAUACAAGAGUUGAGUUUGGAAUUUGACUUGAAAUCAAUUGAAGUUAUUAACAGAAAUAGAAAGCAGGGUAUACUUGAUAAUACUGAAAAUGAAGCUAUUGAACUAGUCUAUAU